AUUUUCAAAACAUCAUACUUCGAACCAACACCAGAUGGCUACGAGAAUGUUACAAAUAUUGUUCCACCAUAUAAUGCUUUCUCAGCCCAAGGCAUGCCAGAGCUCCCUCCUAUAUUUUAUUUUCAUUUUAGUUCUUUUACAAAGCUUCCUCAUCUGGCAGGAACAGCAAAUUUCUUGCUUGCCAAGGAAAUCCAAACCCAGUGGAAGAAAUUUGGACUAGAUUCAGCCAAGUUGGUUCAUUACGAUGUCCUCUUAUCUUACCCCAAUGAACAUGCCAACUAUAUAUCGAUUGUGGAUGAACAUGAACUGAGGUAUAUUUUCAAAACAUCAUACUUCGAACCAACACCAGAUGGCUACGAGAAUGUUACAAAUAUUGUUCCACCAUAUAAUGCUUUCUCAGCCCAAGGCAUGCCAGAGGGAGAUCUUAUAUAUGUGAACUAUGCUCGCACUGAAGACUUUUUCAAACUAGAAAGAGAGAUGGGCAUCAACUGUACUGGGAAGAUUGUUAUUGCAAGAUAUGGAAAAAUCUUCAGAGGAAAUAAAGUACAGUAUUAUUUGUUUUUCUACAGAGAAUGAGAGGAUAUAUAUAUUCUGUAAAUGUAAAUGACCAACUUGCUUCUCAGUUUCCAAAUUGCUUUCA